AAAGCUGCCAGCCGUGCGUGCGAGCUGUGAAAAAAGUGACCACCUUGUGAAGGUUGUUUUAUUUUUUCCUUUGCCGCCACUUGCAGCCACUGUCCGGUCCGUGUUACAGCCGUGUGUCGUGUUUAAGGGCCGCUAACUGGCCGUACUGGGUUCCUAUCGGUUUACCGUACGCGGUUGUCAAAGUCACUGGCCCCAGUGUGCAGGGCAGGUUUUAUUAGAUAGUGCUUGUGGUGCGUGUGCUUGUGCUUUGUGCUGCAAGGAUCGAAGCAGUCGUGUGCCCAGUUGGCAACUGUUCUACAGUAGUUUCACAAAUCCCAUCUUGAACCUUGCACAGGUUCGAGCUUCUCUUUAGGAGGCUCAGCAAAAGCAGCGUGCGUUAGUGAUCCUAGUGAUUUGGUGAAGUGUAACAGUGUCUGCAAUAUCGGGCUGAAAAACAGCAAUCUAAACUGUCGAUAGAAGAAGCGGUAAAGGAUAUUACUAAGGUACUCCAGUGUAUCGACCAUCUUCAGCAUCAAGUAGCGGACAGCAAGGCGCGCGGGGUACGUAAGACAGAGGAAUUAUGUCGAGCCAACAGAAGCAUCGAAUUCAGGUUCCCGACGGGCUACGGGAUGUGCUGCUGGAGUUCUCCAUAGCGUACUUGCUCGAGCAGCCGGGCGAUGUGAUCGAUUACGCGGUGACGUUCUUCACAAAGCUGCAGGAGGACCGCAAAACAACGAUGAUCACGUCAGCCGAGCCAACCUCGCCGGACGAGAGCAUAAUGUCACACGACGAAGAGCCACUAGUGAAUCGAUAUGCAUCGCGUAGGAAAUCUGUGUUUGCCGAAACGUACGAUCCGGAAAAUGACGACGAAGAUGAGGGUGCGCGAGCAAUCUUUCCCAAAACGGACGAACAGCGAGCCCGGUUGUGUGAUUCUGUCAAAAACAUUCUCCUUUUCCGAUCGCUGGAUAAGGAACAGAUGAACGAAGUUCUCGAUGCGAUGUUCGAAAAGAUAGUUCAAGCGAAAGACUACAUCAUCAAGCAGGGUGACGAUGGUGACAACUUUUACGUCAUAGAGUCCGGCAUGUAUAACGCGUAUGUAGGCGAGGACCAGAAGCACAUACAUACGUAUGAUAAUAGAGGAAGCUUUGGUGAGCUUGCCCUGCUGUACAACAUGCCAAGAGCCGCUACCAUUCAGGCCGAAACCGAUGGUAAACUGUGGGCAAUGGAUCGUCAAACAUUCCGAAGAAUUUUGCUUAAAUCUGCAUUCAGGAAACGGAAAAUGUAUGAAGCUCUUCUGGAUGCUGUUCCGAUGCUGAAAACACUGCAGAACUACGAACGGAUGAAUUUGGCUGAUGCUCUGAUACCUCAAACGUACGCUAAAGGCGAUCGAAUUAUCAAGCAAGGCGAUGCUGCUGAUGGCAUGUACUUUAUUGAGGAUGGCAAAGUGUCCAUCCGCAUCCAGCAGGAUGCUGGCGAGGUAGAAAUUUCCAAUUUAGAAAAGGGCGGAUACUUUGGCGAGCUUGCACUGGUGACACACAGGCCACGAGCAGCUUCCGCAUACGCAGUCGACAAUGUAAAAGUGGCAUUUUUGGAUGUGGACGCAUUCGAACGUUUGCUCGGUCCAUGCAUGAAUAUCAUGAAGCGCAACAUUGGCGACUAUGAAACGCAGCUAGUGAAAAUUUUUGGCAGCAAAAACAACAUCACCGACAUCCGAUAAAGCGGUUGUGCGCUUGUGUCGGAAACGCUCUAACAAUGGGAACUCUACGUAUCUAGAAAUAUACGCGCCUGCUUCAAGGAAAAUCAAGUGUAAUCUGUACGACGACAUCACGGUAUCAAGAAUCGAGCGACCCUCCCCCCCAACACGCCAUAAUUUUAGAAUGGAAAUAUCUUUUGGACUAGAGGUGCGUAACAUUGUUGUGCAGCAAGUUUACAGUAUGAUGAGCGGAACUUGCAUGUUCGCGUAGCUUUUUCUCUCUCCGCAAACUGCACACGGACGCAAAGGUUACGAACGAACGAACGAAGUUGAAUAAGAGCCUACCUGCCACUGAAUCCAAAAUUACAUCACUUUGCGAGCAGCAACGCAUAGAUAAUGUUACUUGAAACCAAAUUAGCUGCCGCUCGUGAUUGUGAAGCACAAAAUCAUCGACAGAGCAGAUUGAGCGAAGGAAAGCGUUGCCAUUGUAAGUGGAAGACAAAAAUGCGGAAACCGAGCGAUCGUUUUUAUUUUCGGUUUUGCAGCAGUGAUUGAUGAUUGAUCAACAAACGCGCGCGACGGACUUGAACGGUAGGCUGGUAAAGAUAGAGUAGACAUAUUUUUUUGCCAGAAAAGAAACAAAAAAAGAUACAUAUUCGAAAAAAAUCACCACCGCUGCCGUAUGCAUCAGAUACAUAAGUACAUAAGUGAAAUGCAUCAAGGAUGAAGUAGUAAGAUGCAUGCAUGCUCUUUAGCCGGUUCUGAUCUGAUGCGCAAGUAUAUUUAAAAUAAUGUAAAAUGAAAUGUGUAGAGUCUGUCUGGACGGAUGGCGAUGCAAAUGCGAUUCUUAUCUGUAUUUAUAGCGGGCAAAGCUAUAAAGUAAGCUCUGAUGCUGGAUAUUCAGAUCACACGACAAGGCGAAAAGGCGACGAGUGUAUGUGUAGUGAGUAAGUUACAUCGUGAACAUGUAUCUAGGAUUUAUGAUAAAAAAAAAACAUGAAAAUAACUUUUCUUACUCCGUUAUAUCGUGUUGCUCGAUAUAAUAAUCAUAGAAUGGUUGAAUUACUGUGUAUGUUAAAAGGCUAUUCAAAAUGAGUUUUCAAAACAAGCGUGUGGAGAAAUGGAACGUUUUCCUACACAGAACACAAAAGCAUUAGGCGGAGUUUCGGGCUUAGUUCAGGGUGUGUGUUGUAUUGUUUCGAAACGCUAAUUUAUUAGUAUCAUUUUGUUUUGUGUUAUUUAUUCUGCUAGAAAAAAAAACAAUGGACAAAAAACAAACAAAUGAGCAGUGGCUGGAUGUUAAUUAUUGGUGAUUGUUAAAUUAGUAUUAUUUUACGACAAAGUAAGGCCAACAAUAAGUGGUGGAAAAUGGACUGGAACGACAUUUCAUGCUGUAAAAAUAAAAGAUUUAAGUGAAUGGUAUAAUUUCGUAAAACAAAACAAAACCAAUUCAUCGAACGGCACCGUGCUGUGCUGGAUCCGUUUCAUCCUGGAUUUUGGGCAAAAUCUGUGGCAGCAUGCAUACUAAUUCUCGUGCUAGCAAACAUGAUCAGACAAAUCGCUAGAUGAUCACCAUAUGCACAAGCACACACAAAAAAAAACAACACGUAUCAUAUAGCAUCGCAAACGAUCAUUUAAAAAUGCCAUAAAACGAAGUAAAAUAGCUAGUAAGCAGUAUAAUACUUGUAAUAACGAGGAGACGUAUAUCAUGGUGAAAAACACAGAAAAAAAAUUGUAGCAGAAUGCAUCCAACUGCGUAGUAACUCGCUUACUAGUAACGAUUGAGAUGAUAUCAGGCUAUAUGGUUUUUGUAUCGCAUUGAGCGGGCGCAUUGGUGUUUCCAGCGUGAAAGGAGUAUAAAAUGUGUAACGACGUAUAAUGAUAGAGAUACUUCUUGCCAGGCAGACGAAUACGGUUAUCAGCAAAUGAUCCCAGUUCGGCAACUUUGUUUUCCUAUAUGAACGUUUAGCCGAGCAAAUGUCCCGCGAACAUGAAACAUGGUUUGAUGCAUUUUUGCACUCAUACAGUUUAAUUUAGCAUACAAAAGUGCAUAAAAUGCAAAUGUGUAACACAAGAAAAAAAAACAGUCACGAGUGGUCUUUGUUUGUUCCUGUUUUGUUUCUUUUUGAGGAAAAUAGAGCAAAAAUGCCCACAAGGAGCGCAAACAAACACGAGUAAUGAACGUUAUGAUAUUGUGGUAUUUUUGCUAGAUGCUUACACUACAAAGUUGCCCACUAAAUUCGAAGUUUGUUACGGAGACGGGGUUAGCGCGGGAUGACAUUUCGCUGCGACCUUCACCAUAUACUCUACAGCGUUUCCGAAGAAUCUCUCUCACAACAUCCCAGCGGGAGCCAUGUUUUGUAGCACCCAUCCUCCCUUCUCCUUAGUGCUUUUUCUACAAACCUUUCCUAAUGCGCUUUGAACGGUUUCAAGUAGCCAACAGAAGAACACAGCCAACCAACCACAUACUGAUGUAACCAAUCAUACAAUCGAUAUCCUAUAAACGGCUCGCGUAGAGAGAUAAUUUAAAUUUUACACAUUUCGUUAUCGCAUUCAACAUAUCAUAUAAUAGCAUUUGUACGGAGCAUAUUGAUGAGAAAGAUCAACAUUGACCCUGUUUUUCCGGUCAUCCAUCAUACAACCCAUCCAUCGUACCAGCUCCGUUGGAAUGGGGCUCUUUAGGCACCCGGUUGCAAUUGGACUCCAGUUUCUAUACGGACAUAGUGUAGGCAUCACUCGUAGUAGAUGCAGGCAAACGCUCGAACACAGAACCCCCGCAUAAGGUGGGGGCGGCUAUUGCGUUCCAAAGCGCUUAAUAACGAAUGGAUAAUACAAUGCUGUGCUAAGUCUUAUUGAACAAGAACCAAACCGUUCCCCUGCGUGGGCUUUUGUGUCGAACCCUACAGCGGAAAACAAAACAAAACAAUCGCAAACAAAGCGUAAUCAAUGGAACUAUCUCUAUCAUCACCCGCGUCUGUAACUGUCCACAGUACCUCUUCAAAAUGAACACUAAAAUCAGCGCUAAAAGGUAAAAAGUAAAAGAUCAAAAGAGAUGAAAUGGAAUCAUAAAUAUUUAAGAAAAAAAAACACACACACACACAGCAAAACAAAAAAAAACAUACAAAGCUUAAUGAAGAAGAUAUUGUGCAAAAACAAAACAAAAGAAUCCAGAAAAAUCCUGAAGAGUAUAGAUGGGAAUGUAAACAAAUAAUAAACACUCGUUGACAUCUUAAAUGUGCCCUUUUAUCCAAGAGAUGAUUAUACAAUACACAUACAAAACAAAACAAAACAAAAAAAAACAUGAGAUGAAAUAACUUUAAUCUUACUUAGUCGCACGACAACAAAGGCUACACACGCAAGCAAGUAAGCAUGUUACGCUGAUAUAAAUUCGAUAGAUUGUGCGCUACGCAACAAUCCUAUUCAAGUGGCUGACAAAUCACGGGCCAAUGCGCAGAACAGGAAACGUUGACAAGUUAUGCCCAGGGCAUUCGAUGAAGGGAAAGGAGGAAGGCAUUUUCGAACUUCUACACUUCUAGCAUUUUUAUUUCUAUUAUGUUAGAUAUAUGAAGAGCUUAUAUGAAGAAAGAGAGAGAGAUAGAGAGAGAGAGAGGGUGGUGAUAGUGUAAUAACCAGGCGUAUAUCUCUUGCAGUGCAGCUGUUGUUGUUGUUGUUGUUCGUGUCGGUCACAUUCAAACUGGACGAUGAUCUGUGUAUGUUUCGGAUCUGUGUGAAGAAGGAUAACAACAAUUGGCAUGGUAGCGCUACUGUCAGCUUGUACAGAGAAACCGUAUGAUGUGACCCGAAGCGGAACCAACCAAUGCUUUGUUUUAUGUUUUUUUGUUGGUUAUGGUACCGGAUGCGACAGUAAACAACAGUGGAACCAAUAGUGCAAAAAUGCGUUCAUGAAGAUGCACCGCGUAGUGCAGCGUGGAGUCAUCUACACUUCCAUACGUAAGCUUCUUCUUUCCCUGGAGGUUCAAUGUCGACGAACAAACAAGACCCCACUCCCAGUUACAAGACCAUGCAGCAUAAUAUUAUCAGUGUCAGCUGGGCGCUGUUUCCAUCGCAGGGCGCACUACGGAAAAUGCUGGUCAUUUUCGUUUUAAGCGUUGUUUAUUUUUAACAAACUAAUUUAAACGGCACAUUGAGCAGGUUGAAGCAUCUUCGGCUAGUAGCUAUGUUUCGUAGACGGUAUCGACUCCAUGCGCGAAUGGAGUUUGGAGGCAAAAUACAGAUAAUUAGUUGCAUUAGUCUUAGUUUAAUUUGUUUUUUUUCUUGUCUCUUCUUUGUUUCCACAAUUGUGCAGCUUGCACAUAGAAAACAGGCUGAGAUGUUAAAUGAUAUUGUAGGCAAAAGUGUGCUUUACACUGGAACUUAAACUUUGUACACCAAUUGCCCAUUGCGUGUGAGUAAUUUUUCCUUUGGGCAAGAUGCUACGAUCUACGGUAGAUAUAUCAUUGGCAUAUUUGCAAUAUCGUAUGUUCAUUGUGUAAAGGUAAAGGGAACGUUUUCCAUCGGCAUCCAGUCCCUUACUUCACAUUACGCUGUUACUGUUUGUUUCGUUUGUAUCUUUUCUACUUUCCGGUAAAGAUGAAAAGCGACGUAAGCGAAUUCCAACUUGCUAAGAAUCGGCGGCUCUAUGCUUCCUUACAUGCAUGACUUAGCGACACAGGCAAUCGGUCGAAUUGGUUCACCAAUACCAUACUUGGCUUAUGUAUGUGUGUGUGUGUACGUAUGUAGGAUUAAUAUCGUUUGAGGAAGAAAACGAUCAGUAAGGAGGGCGUAAACAAAACCAAUGCCCGUAAUACGCAAAACAUGUGCAUCCAAGUGUAGUUAACAGUUUGCGUUCGUUACAUAUGAUCUUUUGAGUUGCGAACUUUUAAAGACAAAGUAAAACUCACUGAAACUAACAACCAAGCAGAAGAAGAAAACAACAACAACAACCACACACAUACACAUAUGCGUAACAAAAAACAAGCAAAUGAAAAUGAGGAAAAAAUGUAACAAAACAUACACACAAAAAAAACAAUGUUGCUGUCUCGUUAAUGAAGGUGUCGUAUUUAAUGAAAUAAAAAGAAAUAAAACUGAAAGUAGAAACAAAUCAUA